AGGGAUAUGCGUGUUUAAGUGACAAUGUGAAGAGAAGGGCGUUUGAUUUGGAUAGGAAGAAGAAAUUCUGCCCAGAUUGCAAGACAAUCCCUUACAGAAAUCUGAGCUCUGCUAGAAAGUUGAAUCCCUUGAAUGUAUUAGGAGCUUUGAAAGUUAUGAAAGAGAGAUUGAAAGAGGAGGCAAGUGUGAUUGAGAAUUGUUUGAGAGCUAAUAAUAAUAAUACUUCUAAUUCAUCAGCAACCACAGAAACUACUUCUUCUUCUUCAUCAAUCUUCAACCCACCACCAGGAGCUUGGUUUCACCACAGAAACCUCAAAGAAACCCCAAUUUUCAACCCUUCUGAUUAUGUAUGCCAAGGCUACCCCCAUUUCCGGACCCGAAUCCACUCGAAACCGCAGAGUUUUCGGUGUUUUAGAACCGGGAACACGCUCAAGUAUGAACAGGCUAGAGGGAAGUAUGAGCAACCAGUUUUUGAGGUUAGAUCAGAAAGCUUUCUUUUACAGAAACAAUCUGCUUUUUUUUGUUCUUCAAAUGUCAACAGAUCACAUUGGUGAGUUGAUGAGAUGACUGCCAUUGAUUAGAUUUC